AUGUCCGCAGCCGGGGGCUUGACUCGCCGACGAGGCGGCGGUCGAGCUGCUGGCCCAGAAGAACAAGAUGACAGCCGUGUGUCGUCGCCUGUAUCGAGGAAUGGCUCUGCGAUGGAUAACCGUGGUCCAGAGACCUCAUUCACGGCUGGAGAGAAUGGUCACAAAAUCGCAUUCGACCCCCGCGACCUCAGCGAAACCGAAGAGCGGAGCAAGCAACCCAAAUUGACGUUGAUGGAGGAGGUUCUAUUGCUGGGUCUGAAAGAUAAACAGCAUGCAGAAGGAUUCAUCGCGCCGACGCUUCCCCUGGCCGACCGCGUGAUCGAAGUCAUCGACGACACAUUGACCGGGGAAGUCUUGCUGGACGAGACGCUAAAGAUGAUGAAGUCGAGUGAGAAGAUGAGCGUGAACUCAUGGAUUGACUUGCUGAGUGGUGAAACUUGGAACUUGAUGAAGAUUGGGUAUCAAUUGAAACAAGUGCGUGAGCGAUUGGCCAAGGGCCUCGUGGAUAAGGGUAUCCUCCGAACCGAGAAACGAAACUUCCUCCUCUUCGAUAUGGCAACACACCCCGUGGCUGAUGGUGGCGCCAAAGAUGAUCUUCACCGACGGGUGCGCAACAUUUGCAGCAACCGUACAGUGAUUAUUCCUUCCUCUCAGUGGCUUCCUGAGGAUGCCGAGUUCCGCUAUCUCCGUACCGUCACAAUGGUCUGUGCUGCGUAUGCGGCCAAUGUGCUGGAGAACGCUCUGGUCACUAUGAGUCACGAGUCUCGGGAAAGAGCAUUUGCCCAAGUGGAUGAAUUGUUGGCUGAGUACUCGCAAUGGCCAUUUGCCCGACGACCGGGCGGUUCUCAGGCAAUUGGAGCCAACCUAGCUCAAGCGAUCAACGACGAAGUCAACAAACAGGACCGAGAGCUUCAGCUGGAGAUUGUUGCCGCAUGCUUGAGCGUUUUCACCAGACUUGAUUCCCUACUGUAA